GACAGGUAGGUCCGGGGCACAGUACGGUUCACUCUCCCCUCCCUCUCCGGGGCAGGUGCUCGGCUAGAGUCAGGAUGGCAGCUCGGCGCGUGCUGAAAGCAGUCUUGGUGGAUCUCAGUGGCACACUUCACAUUGAGGACUCAGCUGUGCCGGGCUCACAGGAAGCUCUUAAAAGAUUACGUAGUGCUCCAGUUGCCAUUAGAUUUGUGACCAACACAACCAAAGAGAGCAAGAGAGACCUUCUGGAGAGGCUGAAGACACUGGAAUUUGACAUUGCAGAAGAUGAGAUCUUCACAUCUUUGACUGCGGCUAGAAACCUCCUGGAGCAAAAGCAGGUCCGGCCCCUGCUGCUGGUGGACAACAAUGCUUUGCAAGAUUUCAGAGGGAUACCUACAAAUGAUCCCAAUGCCGUGGUGGUAGGACUAGCUCCUGAGCACUUUAACUAUCAGAUGAUGAAUAAAGCAUUUCGGUUGAUCCUGGAUGGUGCCCCUCUUAUAGCUAUACACAAAGCUAGAUAUUAUAAGAGGAAAGAUGGCUUAGCUCUGGGCCCUGGACCUUUCGUAACUGGACUGGAAUAUGCUACAGACACCAAAGCAACAGUGGUGGGGAAACCAGAGACAACCUUCUUUCUAGAAGCCUUAUCGGGGACUGGCUGCAAGCCAGAGGAGACGGUUAUGAUUGGCGAUGAUUGCAGGGAUGAUGUUGGCGGAGCCCAGAAUGCUGGCAUGCUAGGUAUUUUAGUAAAGACUGGUAAAUAUCGAGCAGCAGAUGAAGACAAAAUUAAUCCCGCUCCUUACCUAAUCUGUGAGAGUUUCCCACAAGCAGUAGACCAUAUCCUACAGCAUCUGCUAUGAGAGAAGUGUUUAGUUGGGAGAAACUUGACUCUGUUUUGACAUUGUUGCCUCCCUUCCACCUCACAAACUAAAACUCAGAGCACAGUAUGCAUCACACCUGCAAUCAGGCAAUGAACAUGUCUCACUGCAGAGCACUGAAAGGAAAUGAUACUGAUGUGCAACCAGUGGCAAAUCCUUGGUAAACUCUUACUUCCCUGAAGAUGGAACACAGAGAGUGAAAAAGUAGGGCUCCCAGUGUUCGUCAGGUCAGAUGGCAGGUGGAGGGAAACCAACCAGCAGACGAAACAAUUUGCUUUCUCGUAUCGUGUAGGGAAAGGAGGGAAAUUCACAUAGAGUCUCUUCGACUGUUUAGGAAGUAACUGUUUAAAAAGCCCACUUGAAAUGUGCCAAGUUAGUUAAACUAUAAAACCUAUGAGAAAUGUGCCAAGAUAAUAAACAUCAACAAAGCAUAAUAGCCAUUUUUAGCCUAAACGAUGAUAGCUUGGUUGGUUCUUAUAUGUUUGUUUUAGUUAACAUGUGUUUCCUCUCUCUGCUGUUAUCUGACUAAUUUAAAUGUAGAGAUGGCACACAUUAAGAGUAUCUUACAAUUUACAAUAUCACCAUUACUGAUACCAAUCACUGCUGAUUUCUCAUCCUCUAUUCAAAUAGGUAGCAAUUGUUUUUUCAAGUUUUAUGUAAAAUUCAAACAACCAGUAUUUUACAGAUGUUUUAAUUAGAUGCUGUUAUAAACAGGAAUGGUGCAGAAACAAAAAUCUGGUCCUUAACGGCUUUAUAGGACAUGAAUUUUUGAAGUUAGACUUCAGCAGGGUCCUAUUAACUAUACAAUUGCAAGAUUUCAAUUUUUUUUUUCCUUUCUAAUGCUAUGAGAAAAAUCCUUCAAAAUCCAUGGGACCGAUUCAAGCUUUUAAACACUUGGUUAAUACAGCUGUAAAAUGAAAUCUCAUUCUGCAGCAUGUAUUGUUCUUCCUGCAUGUGUUAAAUCCACCAAAAUGAACUAACUUUGUAAUGAUGGUAAAUGGCUUUCGUGGUCCGUCUGCAAGCUGUACUAAUCAAAGUCCUUUCCAGUUGUUUUACAGUGCUCCUGAGUGUUACGUUAUUAGACUGUAAUUGUACAUCAUUGUAGUACUCACCUUAUUGAAAAUAUAGUUUUGUGUUAAUAAACCACACUGUUUCUUGUUAAGAAAAAAUGUAAUGAAUACGUAGCAGGCGCUAUCUAAAGGAAAGCAAGUUUAUCUAUAAUCUCUCUAGGUGGUUACAUUUCACAUGGAGCAAAUUUCUGCAAAUGACGGAAAGGGAAGCAUGAAUGUAUGUGUGAACUGUGCUAGCUGAGUAUUGGGCAUGCAAGAAAUAACGGAAGCUCUUUGGCUCUGAGGCUGUCUGUUUGCUCUGUGUUUGGCAAGGCCCAGCACAAUGGGAUCCUGGCUCAUGAGUGGGCUCCUAGGUGCUACUGCUAUACAAAAAAGCAACAAUAAGUGAAUGUCCCAUGCUUAAAAAAAAAAACAACAGUGCACAAUCUUCCUCCAUCCCUCCCCAGCAGGACUUGAAAUUACUUUUGCAAACGUGGUUGACUUUAGUGACUCCAACCUAACCUCCCACAUCCUCUUCCCAACAUCCUGUGAAAGUCAAAGGCUAUGUAAGAUAAUGGAGCCCUUCCUUGGACCUCCUAAAGGAUCUGUCUCCCUUACUCAACUAACUAAUACACACAGUGCUGAGUAAAUUCAUUCAGCCAACCAAUCCCUGUAUAGCAUCUGUGACAAAUAUAAGCUGUGAUAGACCCAGGCCAGUUGGGAAGAGCCGAGUAGUAGAAGGGAGAUAUACUAGCCACUGG